ACCAUUUAGGAGGCUUGUUAUCACAAGAGUAAAGAAGUGCUGUGGGUUCCCUCUGUCUCCUGCUCCUUCAUCUCCUCCUGCACUGGGAUGUCAGUAAGCACAUUCCCCCAUCUCCUGACUGACUAAAGAGGUGGGAUCCGGCUCAGAGGGGAAACGUGGGGAGGAGUCGUGUUUUUCUGCGAAAGCCCUAAUGACAUCAGACGUAGCAGGCUGGGCACCCCUUACUCUCGACAAAGGCGAAAGCCCAUCAGGACUGACUAAGUCCAGGCUAGUCAGUGUGAGCCCACUUGGCAACCAGAGAGGGAUGCUUCAGGCAGGUAGACACUGAGGAGACAACACUGGAUGGAACACUAUGCUGUUACCUGUGCUCCUGGCAAUUCAACUUGACAAACUGACCCAACUGUGUAUGUAAAUAGGAGUAGUUUAUUUUAAGCAGUUAAGCGCAACAAGACAAACUCCUCUGUGCAGCGCUUCCUCUGGGGAGAGAACCAAGUAGGCUGACAGCAUUUGAACCAGUGCCAAUGGGGCCGAGCGUCCAGGGCCUCCUCUGUGUCCUCCUCCUCGUGUCUUGUUGGAGUCAGGCGGAUGGCCUCUCCCGGGGACCCCUCCUGGCCCGCAGGCGGAGGGCGCCGGCCGACGGUGCCGAGGGCGCCCCGAAAAAGUGCUCCUACACCUUCCUGGUCCCCGAGCAGAAGAUCACCGGCCCCAUCUGCGCCACCAAGGGGCCGGCGCUGCCGGACAAGGACCGGGUGACGCGCAUGGACGUGGCGGACGUGCGCGAGCUCCUGUCCAAGCAGCAGCGGGAGAUGGACGCGCUGCGGCUGUCGGUGGACGUGGACGGCAACCUGGUGAACGAGAUGAAGCUGCUGCGCAAGGAGAGCCGCAACAUGAACUCGCGCGUCACGCAGCUCUACAUGCAGCUGCUGCACGAGAUCAUCCGCAAGCGCGACAACUCGCUGGAGCUGGCGCUGCUGGAGGGCCGCGUGCUCAACGCCACCGCCGAGUCGCUGCGGCUGGCCGCGCGCUACCGCGAGCUGGAGGCGCGCUUCUCCGCGCUGGCCGGCGUGGUCAACAACCAGUCGGUGCUGAUCGGCGCGCUGGAGGAGCGCUGCAUGCAGGUGUUCGGCAGCCGGAGGCCCGAGGCCGGCGGGCCGCCGCUCGUGCAGGUGGUGCCGGAGAACAUCCCGGUGCACGUGCCCCGCUACUUCAACGAGAUCCAGAGGGACCACGGGCGGGCCUUUCCCCGAGACAGGGGCUCCCGGGCCGGGGCCGGCCCCGCGCCCACUGGGAGCACUGCGGACGUCCUGAAACCGCCUGAGGGCAACUUCAGCUCAGAAGGGCCGUUUCGGGACUGCUUCCAGGCGUUGCAGGCCGGCCACAGCACCAGCGGGAUGUUCGUUCUGAAGCCAGACGGCAGCGAGCAGGCUGUGCAGGCCUGGUGCGAGCACGACAUGGACAACGGCGGCUGGACGGUCAUCCAGAGGCGGAAGGACGGCUCGGUCAACUUCUUCAGGAACUGGGAGAGCUACAAGAAAGGCUUUGGCAACAUAGACAGUGAGUACUGGCUUGGCCUGGAGCACAUCUACAACCUGGGCAAGCAGGGCGACUACCGUCUGCUGGUGGAGAUGGAGGACUGGACAGAGAAGAAGGUCUACGCAGAGUACAGCAGCUUCCACCUGGAGCCGGAGAGCGAGUCGUACCGCCUGCGGCUGGGCACCUACCAGGGCAACGCGGGGGACUCGCUGACCAGUCACAACGGGAAGCAGUUCACCACCCUGGACCGGGACAAGGACGCCUUCUCAGGCAACUGUGCACACUUCCAUAAGGGCGGGUGGUGGUACAACGCCUGUGGGCAAGCCAACCUGAACGGGGUGUGGUACAACGGCGGAGUCUACCGCAGCAAGUUCCAGGACGGCAUCUUCUGGGCUGACUAUGGCGGUGGCUUCUACUCCAUGAAAGCUGUGCGCAUGAUGAUCCGACCCAUUGACUGAGAGGCCCUACUUCCACACAGACAGACUUAGGGAAGGCUGGUGGGGUUGCUCAGCACCCCGACCCUUCCGUAACCUCCGAGACAGUGCUGCCGAUAGUUUCCAUCCUUGAUGGUCCAUUCACUUUUGUUUACAGUUUUCUGGGACAGGACAUUGCGUUCUCAUUCUCACUGUGUAUAUGUGUGUGUAUUGUGGUUGCCACAGGUUUGGGAGGUAUGAGGAUUAAAUGGAGUACAGCUGAUGAUGAUCAGUAGCCCCCCCACCCCCAACCCCCUUUCCCAAACACCCUAACUUUGAGACAUCAGCAAAAUCUGAGCAGCAGUCUAGCAACCGGUUAAGUCAGUGCCAGCAGUGGUUUCUGGCAGAUAUCACCUUUUUUUCCCCCACCGUUCCCUCUGGGCCUGACAAACUAGAGUCCUGCAGGUGGUGCAGUCCUCACGUCUCCUGAGAAACUGGGGCAUGGCAUAGGCGCCGCCUCGGCCACUCUCAUACAGUGCCACCACGCCACUGCCAUCAUCAGCGCUUACAGGUAGAUGUGUGAAUGCUGUCAAGCGUAUGGAUUUAAGAAACAAAAAGUCAAACUCAUGUGAAUGAAUGGAUGAAUGGAUGAAUGAAUGAAGGAAAAGAUUUUACAGUGCCGUACCAAAUGCACUCAUAUUAUUGUUUUUUCUCAUGUGCUUUAUUUAAAAGGGUUAUAAUCUAAAAGCCCUUGCCAUGUUGUAUCUUAAGGAUUUAAACUGGUUAUGUUUUCCAGAUGUGAAUAGUUGUUUGCACACCUAGAAAAAAUGAUGAUUGCCAUAAAUAAUUCAUGUCAUUUCAGAGAAAAACAACUUCUGGAAAAGUUGUAUAUUACACUGCGGUUAGCAGCAGGGAAUAUAUUUAAACAAUUAGUGCAAAUCAUGUUUGAUGCAACCGGCUUGUGUAUAGCGGAUGUUAUUGAAAUCUCACAGCUAAUUCGUUUUCAAUGUGAGCUGAAGCAGAAGGCACGCAAAUAACUAAAGGACUUACUCUUUGCUCCAGCAGUUUGAGAAUGUAAAAUGCCAGCUACAGCACGAACCAGCAGAACAGACAACGAGAACCACAUUGCUGAAACCCAGACAGGAGGGAGAAGUGGUUUAGAGGGGGGAGGCAAGGGGGUGCUGGUGGCUCUGAGGAGGAAUUGGAGAUGGAAACUCUCCAAAUUUCCGUGAAUAUAUUUUUUUUCAAUCUUCCUUUUAAACACAGAAAUUUACAUUCUUUCCAUCCGUAUGGGCUCAGCAUUUUUUUUUGUGUGUGUUUUUGUUCAGUGUGUUUCAUUCAAAAGACUCACAAAUCCCCAAGCUCUGUAAUCACCAGAGGAACAUCAACAUGGCUCUUGUUUGAUGGCAGGAAACUGUACUCUGUGUGUUCUGCCCAAAGGCUUACAGUCUGCUGAGGAGCUUUCAAUAAACAAUAUACAUUGAUAAGACAUAACUGGGAUUCUAAUUAGUAUGUUUACUGACUCUUGACUGGGCUCCCAGUCAUGCGAUUGCCUGAACAUUUUUGAAUGAUGAAAUCUU